AUGAGCAACGAAGCGGUCUUUGAAACAAUUGAAGAGGUCAAUAAGCAUAUCUCACACGUCGAAGAGUCAACCUGUGUGAAAUAUAUUUCUUACCGUGUGGACAAGCGCUUCAAUGACCAAGGUAAACUAGCUAACUACGUUAGCCAAAGAGUGUGCUGCCUGUAGGAAACAUGCAUUGAUCAAGCUACUGACAGUGCAAACAAUCACCAGAGUGACAUGGCUAUCUUAUAGCCCUUCCAUUAUAUUUAGCUACCUACAUACUAUUUAGCUACCUAUAUUGAAUGAUUAUCCUUACGUAGUGAUGCAUCGUCCACAAACUACUGGUGUAUUCAUUAGUCGGAUUCCGUUGCAAAACGUUUUGUCUGUUGCAUUUUGCAACGGAAACAGUUUACUCCAAGCGUAAAACACUUUGCAACGAAAACGAGAGUUUCUACUGGACACAUUCAGGUAAGUCACUCCCCGUUCUAGUUCCGCUUGCUCAGACAGUUUGCUUCCGUUUGGUUCCUAGACCGACUAAUGAAUACACCCCUGGACUCAUGGCUCUUUCAAUGUGUUGUGCUAAACAGGUUGGAAACCACAGGACCACAAGAACAGGCUAUACUGGGAAUGGAAGUAUGGCAAGGGUACUCCCUCUAUCCCCUUUGACCGCGUACCCUUCAUGUUCAUUGGACACAAGCUGAUGGGAUGCCACCGGGGCCGGGCAAAGUGUGGAAUCAAGAAGAGGCAGGAUCUUGAGGCUCAAAGGGUGCUAAUAUCUAUGAUAUUCUGAAACAGCUUUGAAGUGUUCCAUGUAAAUUAUUAGGAUGUAUUGUGCAUCUGAACCUAAUGUGAUAUAACAAAAUAUUUUUGGUAUUCAUUACUGCGAGUUACAGGUUAGAUACUGUUUGGUGUAGCACAGAGAAUUUUCGACCAACCUUAGCUUGGUGAUGCUGUCUUCGUCCUUGAAUCUUUGGUUAAAUCACAUUAUCAGGUGUAACAAUCUGUAGCUAGGAUGUAUUUUGCAUCUAAACCUGAAUCGAAUUCAUUAGGGCACACCAUGGAAAAACGUUUCAAAGCAUUGUGCAAUGGAAAACGUAAAGGAGCUUUUCUUAUUGGAGUUCAGGUUGUCCCUCCCUAUUUCAGUACAUUUUCUUCCAUAUGGUGCCUAAUGAAUACGACCCUGGUUCCAUCAAUGCUUCUAGGUAGUUGUGGGGUUCACAACCAAUCUCAACAAUUCCAUUCUUACCUGCCACUAAUUAAUUUUCUCCAAAAUCCUCAAAAAGUUAUACAGCUGCAUGAUUGAGAGCAUCUUGACUGGCUGUAUCACCGCUUGGUAUCCGACCACAAGGCGCUACAGAGGGUAGUGCGUACGGCCCAGUACAUCACUGGGGCCGUGCUCCCUGCCAUCCGGGACCUCUAUACCAGGCGGUGUCAGAAGAAGGCCCUAGAAAUGAUCAAAGACUCCAGCCACCCAUAUCAUAGACUGUUCUCUCUGCUACAGCAUGGCAAGCGGUACCGAUGCAUCAAGUCUGGAACCAACAGGACCCUGAACAGCUUCUACCCCCAAGCCAUAAGACUGCUAAAUAGUUAACCAAAUAGCUACCCAGACUAUCUGCAUUGAUCCCUUUUGCACUAACUCUUUUGACUCAUCACAUACGCUGCUGCUACUGUUUAUUAUCUAUCCUGUUGCCAAGUCACUUUACCCCUACCUAUAUGUACAUAUCUACCUCAAUAACCUCGUACUCCUGCACAUCGACUCAGUACAGGUACACCGUGUACAUAGCCAAGUACUCAUUGUGUAUUCAUUCCUCAUGUUAUUAUUUUUCUGUAAUUUUUCUCGGUAUUGUUGAGAAGGGCCCGUAAGUAAGCAUUUCACUGUUGGUUUACACCAGUUGUUUACUAAGCAUGUGACAACUAACAUUUGAUUUUGAUCUUUCAGGAAAAAGAUGGCAAGGAAAAAAGAAACCUUUUGCUGAAAACCAAGAAGGUAGCAUGUCCUGCUGUGUUCACAAUCAGCCGCAUUGUCAAGUUCCCUGGAUUCAAGGUACCGGUGAAAUACUGUGUGUAUAUGUUUAUUAUGUUACACCAGUGAUCACGCACCUCAGACUAGUACACUUAAUUCUAUCUCUGUGUGUGUGUGUGUGUGUGUGUGUGUGUGUGCGCACUCGUGCCACACUGCAUCAGUUGGAGAAGGACACAUCACGGUUGAGGAGGGUCAUGUCUAUUUCCAUCAAACAAGCUCUCCAGACAGACCCAGCCUCGGUGCCGUGGAAGAUACAGUAUUUCCUCAAAAUACCCAGUGUCACUGACCACAAGGGCCAUCCAAUUGGCAAGGUAUUACUAUACUAUUACCAUGGGAUAUAUUGCAUUGGACUCUCUUUAGGCUACAUAUCAAGUAUCUGUAAGCCUUUAUGUCCGUUCGGUACACAGAUGUAAUAAAACCUUAAUCUCUUAAAAUUCCCUGAAGAAUACAAGUAUCUAACCCUGUAACAGUGGUUAGGGUUAUUCUCUCCCUACUUAACAAACGCCACUCUCUCCUCGCUCCCUCAGGGUGCAGAUCAGGUGGACGACAGGGUCAAAGGUUACAUCCGAGCGUUGGUGCAGCAGGGGGUGAGGAAGGUGAAGGAGGUAAAGAACCAGAUGGUCCAGUACGUGCGGACGGAGCUGUUCCGAGACACGACCCCGCCGCCGCUGAGGCGCUUCUUCCCCACAGAGAAAACCAUCCAUGCCGUCAUGGCUCAGGUCAUCGCGGAGGAACACUACAGCAAAAUAGACCUGGUCAACCUGCUGGUGAGAAGGCUGCGCUGCGCUCCAUCUAUCCCACCUAUUCAGCAAAUAUUUUGAUUGUCUUAGAUAAGGCCUAUGGGGCUUGUGGUGUUAGCUGUAUGUUUUCAAUGCAAUUUAUGAACAGUUUGUAUGUGUGUCACCUUUAUUAUACAAUUCAGGAAUGCACAUGCAGAGUUUUCCACGGACUCAAGAAAGAUCUAAAUUCAUAACCGCUUUGUAGUGCUUUAUCCUUACAUGGGGAAGAGCAGGAAGCCACUGAAGAUGUUUGUUGUCAUCAUCCCAGAGCCUUGAGUCUUUCCAGAGACUCCUUUCUCCAGCAACAAAGGCUGUGUUUACAAAGGCAGCCCAAUUCUGGUAUUUUUCCUACUAAUUGGUCUUUUCACAUCAGAUCUUUUUCUGAUGAUUGGUCAAAAGACCAAUUAGUGAAAAAAAGAUCAGAAUUGGGCUGCCUGUCUAAAUGCAGCCAGAGUCACUGAAUUUGAUAAAUAAUCAUUGCAUCCAUUGUGAUUGUAUUUACAUUUUAGUAAUUUAGCAGACGUUCUUAUCUAGUGCGACUUACAUGAGCAAUUAAGGUAAUGUGCCUUGCUCAAGGGCACAUCGACAGAUUCUUCACCUAGUCGGCUCUGCGAUUCGAACCGGCAACCUUUCUAUUACUGGCCCAACCCUCUUAACCGCUAGGCUACCUGCCGCCCUACUUGUUGACAGUAGACGCUGUCCAUUAUUAUGUAAAUCUACAACAACUGGGUUGAGUGAUGUCAUUCUCACAGACCCCACCACUCUCCCUGAGCCCAUUCCCCAAACAGACAGAACAGCAACACCAGCAGAGCUAAAGCACCUCUCAUUCUAAAACAUAUUUUUAGAAAGUAUGUUGUCUGAGACUUAGUCCCCUUCUACACACUGGAUAUGGUGAACUAAUACAUGGGAACUUUAACAGGUGUCCUCAGUGGAAUAUUUGGGAACAUAGCCAAGGACUGUGUGUGAUGUAACAGAGCACAGAUAAAUAGUACUCCAUGACACCUCAUUCAAAUUUGGGAUUGUUUAAGGCCAUGGGAAUAUCACUGGUGUAGUUUAGAAUAAGACAGUGACAUGCUAUAGCAAAAGUCAAGGUUCACUUCCAUAUAUAAAGCUCACGUUGGAGCAAAAAGGAGUUUGGUUAGCACUUAAAUAGUUGAAAGGAUGCAGAAGUUGCACCUCAGCUAUUAACCAUGUACAGCUAUUAUGAUUACCAGCUCUGUGACCCUAACAUGACCCCAACUUUGGUUUUACUCUGUCUCCCCCCUUAGACCCUGGCAGAGAAUUGGAAGGCGGAAGCUCCUAGAAUCAACUUCCUACUUAGGGUCCAAUCAGAGAGCGAGAACCUGUUGCUGUGCUACCAGACAGACUGGCAGCGGCGGCUGCUCCGGCAGUAUGGCAAGGAGGUGUGCUUCCUGGACGCGGCCUACAAGAGGACGCGCUUCCCCCUGCCACUCUUCUUCCUGUGCGUGCGCACCAAUGUGAGCGUGGCGCCCGUGGGCCUGUUCGUGGUGCAGUCGAGGAGCGCCGAAGCCUUGGGGGAGGCGCUGGGGGUGUUCAGGCAGUGGAACCGGGGCUGGAGCCCAGCCUACAUCCUCACUGAACACUGCCCUGUGGAGAUGAAGGCGGUGGAGGCCGCAUUCACAGGUGAACAGUGGUGAGGUUUUAAUGUUAGCUAUGAGGUGGGAAAAGCAAGUUAGCUCCAUAAUGUGCUCUCAACACUGUUGGUUUUGAAAAGACUUGUUGGUCAAGAAAAGGUUUAACCUGUUACAGUCUUUUAAGUACUAGAGGAUGAUGGGGUUAGAGUUAGCUAAUUAUGGACUAUUUCACAUUCCAAUCUCAGGUGCUCAGGCAGUCUUCAGCGAUCACCUGCGGGAGAGGACCUGGACCAAGUGGCUGAGCAACCGGUCCCGAGCCAUCACCAACCAGGAGGGGAUCUUUGAUAUGAUGAAGGCCAUCGCUGGAGCCCUUACCAGAGAGCAACACCAGGGGGCAGUAGAACGACUACAGCAGAGCCCCAUCUGGCUGGAGAAGAGACAACUCUUUAAGAACUGGUUCACUAACAAGUGGCUGUCAGAGGAGAAGGUUUGUAGUGCACAUGUCAAUUAAUGACAUCACAGGGGCAAUAGGGUCAGGUCCUGGACCUGCUCUGUCUUCACCUGCAUAUUAAUGAAGGUCAGAGUGGUUAGACGGAAAGCAGAUCUCAGACCUGUGCUUAGAGGUGCUUUCAUCCUGAAGCAGACAGCAUGUUUAAACCACAUAUACUGUAUGUAGACAGUAGUCUGUAGCAGUAACAAGUGUGUUAUGUUUUUGCUAGCUAUUUAGUCAUUUAGCAGAUGCUCUUAUCCAGAGCGACUUACAGUUAGUGAGUGCAUACAUUUUUUCAUACAGCUAUAUCCAUGAUACGGUAUCUAGCAAUAUAUCCAUAAUAUGCUAGCUAUAGGUCCAUAAUGUGCAUCCUAGUCUAAUGAUGGUGCAUACAGAGGUUAGUGACAUGCUGCUGUUUUUGUUCAUUCAGAGAUGGGCGAACGCUGUGAGGGUUGAUAUUGUCAACUUUGUGUCUGUGGUGAACGGAGGUCUGGAGAUGCAGAGCGACUUUUUCACACAUAACAACAUGAAGGUCCAUAAAAAAGACACCCUGAGCCAAAUGCUGCAGUUUGUUGUUGAUGACUACUUCCCACCGAUGCACCAAAGGUAAGUCCGUUUUAGAAUAGGAUUCACUGUCAUUUAGAAUGGUAUUCGCUGUCAAAAGUGGUCUUCUGUUGAGAUAUCUGCAAAAUGAAUGGAAGAUAAGCACCAUAUAAUUUCCAGAUUUGCGGUGCUCAUCUUUUCCAUUCAUUUGGGGUUAAGAUGUGUUGCUUGUUCUGCACAACCAAUGGCAUAGGAUCUUGACAUUAGACUACUUCUUAAAACUUUUAUUUUGGAGUGUAAUGCCUCUUUAAUGUAAGUGUUUUGAUGUUUGGUCAAUCUAAAAACCUGCUACACUCCCUGAACCUGCAGGUACACAGACCUCAACAGCCGGUCCUCCGGCGAGUACAGCCUCAACCCCACUGCGCCUCCGUUCCUGUGGCAUCGCCCUUUGGGUGUGGUGGCCCUGGUGAUGGACAACAUGUCUGCCGCCCUGCAAGACUCCGACAUUGUGGUGGAGCAGGCCAGUGACGCCGCCAACGGCACCUUUCGGGUGAAGAGUCGGGCAGAGAGCACGUCAGGGCGGUCCUACACGGUCAGCUUCGGUUCAGAGGCCACCUGGCCCUCCUGUGAGUGUGAGGUGUGGAGGGACCAGCGCCUGCCCUGUGAACACUUCUGUCACGUCUUCAGGUCUGAGCCUAACUGGACCUGGGAGCACCUCUGUCCCAAAUACAGGGACCACCCUCUGCUCACUCUGCAUUCACACACCACAACGGAGGAGGAGAUAGAGGAAGCCCUCAAUGGUCUAAUGCAUCUCUCCCCAGCUUCCCCAGUCUCUCUUCAGUGGGAUGGGCCUGAAGAAACAGUGCCACUGGUGCAAACUCCUCAAACUCCACAGUUACAACUGCAUAGCAUACAAACACAGUGGGUGGCCCCACAGGCUUCACAGGGUCCGCGGGAGAGGGAGGAACUGCAGAGGGAGUGUGUGGCCAAACUCAAAUCCAUCAUGGAGAAUGUGAGCGGGAUCAACGACAUUGACCACCUACAGGAGCUCAGGCAGAAACUGGACGUUCUCCAGGCUCAGAGUGAGACCAUGUUGGAUCAGAAGGACGCUGGCGUCAAAACAGUGCCCACCCCCAAGGGCAAGAGAAAGAGGGCAGGGGUGGAGAUUAUCGUGGCCAUGCCAAAACGCAUCAAAGUGCUCUCCCAGAUUGAUGUAGAAAAUGUUCAGAAAUAGCUUUUUUCUAAAGAGGGAAAAUAAAGAAUAUACGUAUUAAAGGGCAACUCUGCCACUUUUAACAUGUGGGUUGUUAUUAUGUAGUAUUUAGUGUUGUCCUACACAGUUUGUAAUUUUUUUAUUUAAUGUCUUUUGACUCUUUUUAGUGAUGAGCAAAACCGGAAAUUGCUUCUCUGUGACGUUUUCAAGUAAGAUUCCUGAGUUGACUAAUAAAAUAAAUUAUGGUCAGUCAUUUUCAGCCAUCUAUAUAACCCGUCUGUAGUUUUCUGAUCAUAUGUGAACUCCCUGCUAUAUGUAGCUCUGGUUGUCUUAGUCUAAUAAAGGACUCUGUUAGGAUGGGGUGACGUUGUAUCCAGUUCUGGGUCAGCUUGAUUUAAGGCACUGCAGGUUCACAAACCUUUACAUAACAAAUAAAUCAGGUAUUGCAC